CUCUACUCUCUGCUCUCUCUCUCUCUAGCCGUUGCGCUGCUCUGCUUCGGGCCUGCGGCGGGCGAGCGGAGCGGGGGCGAUGGAGGCGAGCGGCGGGGGCGGCGGGGAGUGCCACGCGGCGCAGGUGGUGGACGCGGGCGGCGAGAUGGACGCGGCCGCGAUGGAGCGGUUCGCCGCCGCCGCGGGGCUCCCCGGGCGGGGCCUCUCUUACGCCGUCGCCUCCAUCCUCGGGCCCCAGGGCAGCGGGAAAAGCACCUUGCUCAACCAUCUCUUCGGGACGAGCUUCAGGGAAAUGGAUGCCUUGAGAGGAAGGCACCAGACCACCAAGGGGAUUUGGAUCGCCAAGGCCGUUGGGAUCGAGCCCUUCACCGUUGUCCUGGAUCUGGAGGGGACGGACGGGAGGGAACGAGGGCAGGAUGAUACUGCUUUCGAGAAGCAGAGUGCUCUGUUUGCUCUAGCAGUUUCAGACAUUGUUAUGAUAAAUUUGUGGUGUCAUGACAUAGGUCGAGAACAUGCUGCAAACAGGCCACUUUUGAGAACAGUAUUUCAGGUUUUGAUGCGUUUAUUCAGUCCUCGCAAGACGACACUGCUACUUGUUAUCCGCGAUAAAACAAAGACUCCACUAGAGUAUCUAACACAAGCCCUCAAGGAGGAUAUUCGGAAGAUAUGGGACUCUGUUCAGAAGCCAGAAGCCUACAAGGAAGCAGCGCUUAGUGAAUUUUUCAAUGUGGAGGUUACUGCUCUGUCAAGUUAUGAAGAGAAAGAAGAACUAUUUAAGGAGCAGGUUGGACAACUCAGGCAGAGGUUUUAUCAUUCAAUCGAACCAGGUGGUCUUGCAGCUGAUAGAAGAGGUGUGGUGCCAGCUUCAGGUUUUUGUCUGAGUGCACUACAGAUUUGGAAAGUAAUACGUGAAAAUAAGGACCUCAACCUUCCUGCUCAUAAGGUCAUGGUUGCUACUGUUCGGUGUGAAGAGAUUGCAAAUGAAAAGCUCAGACACUUUUUCUCCGACAAGGGUUGGUUGGAGCUAGAUGCAGCUGUAAAAUCUGGUCCAGUUCCGAGCUUUGGAACAAAGCUCAGAGCUAUUCUCGAUUCUUAUCUAUCAGAGUAUGACCUGGAAACCAUGUAUUUUGACGAAGGUGUAAGAACUGCUAAGCGGAAACAAUUAGAAUCUUCAAUGCUAGAUCACACAUAUCCUGCUCUCGAGAAAGUGAUAGAGCACCUACAUCUUGCGGCUCUCAACAAAUUCAGAAGUGAUCUGGAACAAGCAUUAAGCAGCAGAGAGGGAUUUACAGCAUCAGUUCAUCAGUGUGCUCAGGCUUCAAUGGCAGAGUUCGAUGCUGGACUGAGAGAUGCAGCAGCUAAACAUGUGGGGUGGGAUGCUUCAAAAGUUAGGAACAAACUGAAAGAGCAUAUACAAGAUCAUGUUGAAUCUAUUAGGAAUGCUAAAUUGGCUGAACUAAAAGCUAAUUACGAGAAGAAUCUGUCAGAAGCACUUGCUGGGCCUGUACAAUCCAUACUGGAAACUCGGGAGAGAGAUGCCUGGGCAUGUAUUAGGAGACUAUAUAGUCGUGAGACUGAAAAUGCCGCUCUUGCAUUCUCAGCUUCCCUUUCUGAGUUUGACCUGGACCAGACAGUUUCCAGUAAGAUGGUCUCAGACUUAAGGGAACAUGCUAGAAGUGUAGUGGAAAUGAAAGCUAGAGAAGAAGCUGGAAAUAUUCUGAUGCAUAUGAAAGAAAGAUUUUUCACUGUGCUGAGCCGCGAUAGGGAUUCGAUGCCAAGGACAUGGACAGGGAAUGAAGAUAUACGUGCGAUCACUAGAGAAGCACGCUUAGCAGCUUUAAGACUCAUGUCUGUAAUGGCAGCUAUACGGUUGGAUGAUAAACCUGAUAAAAUAGACCGGGCUCUGAUUACUGCUCUUCUAGACAGCGAACCCCUUUCCCGGAAGAGGAGCGUUGAAUUUACUUAUGAUUCACUUGCUUCAAACACGUGGGAAGAGGUGUCACCAAAGGAUACCCUGAUUACGCCAGUGCAGUGUAAAUCCAUCUGGAGGCAAUUCAAAGCAGAGACAGAGUAUGCUGUUGCACAAGCAAUAUCUAUGCAGGAAACACAUAGGCGUAGCAAGAACUGGUUGCCACCUGCGUGGACUAUUCUGCUUCUGGCAAUACUAGGUUACAAUGAAUUUAUGUUUCUUCUCAGGAACCCAUUGUACCUUCUGGGCCUCUUUGUUGCCUUCGUCCUAUCAUAUGCCAUAUGGCUGCAAUAUGACAUCACUGCUUAUUUUCGCCAUGGCACGCUAUCUGCUCUUCUUACGAUUUGGUCAAGACUGCUCCCGACAAUCAUGGACAUCAUGACUGCGAUCGUCAACAUAAGCCACAACCACAAGAAUCAUUCCACACGCGGGUCUAGUCGUCCCCCAGCGAUCCAUACUCACAGCUUCAGGAACCAGAUGCGGCGACAGGCUCAAGUGCAGUACCACCAAUCUCCUGACUCUUCAUCCACAUCUUCCUCUGUGGACUCAAACAGCCGUGAUGAACAUGAAUCUUAAUAAGCUGUAUGUAUGGAAUAUCCAUCCCCGUGGAAGAAGCAGGAGAGCAGUACUUAGGUAUCCUUCAGGGUUUCUGGUUGAUAAGGAAAAAGUUUGUGUUGUCUUUUGGCUAUGAUGUAUACAUGUACUGCGAGAUAAAAUCUAACUUGUGCCUGGCAGAAAAAAAUGAAGAGUACAUUCUUGAGUAGUCCAACCAUGGAUGUAUAGUGCUGGACAAGAGAGAUUACACUAAAGUAUACAUGAUCAGUACUGGAAGUUUUUCGAGUCUA